AUGGACGUCGAUGUUUUGGAGGUCGGUUCUAGGUGCUUAGCCUUUCAUGGACCUCUAUUGUACGAAGCAAAAGUUUUAAAAGUGUUUGAUGCAACCAAUAGAAAGGUUAUUGCUCGAAGUGCGAGUUCAGAAAGCGGCGGGGUAGAGGUGAGUAAAGCCAACGGGCAUCAUGUUCCUAAGCAUAUUUUAGAAGGUGAUACGACUGGAUAUUUUGUUCACUACAAAGGAUGGAAGUCCACAUGGGAUGAGUGGAUAGGCCAAGACCGCGUUCUUAGCUGGAAUGAGGACAACCUGAAAGUGCAGAAAGAGCUUAAGCAAGCCGCGCUGGCAUCGCAGAAAAAGAUCAAUCCAUCUAACUCGGUACAGCCACACACCAGUAAGAGUAACAAACGAAGGAGUGAGGCAGAAAGAGAAGUAACGCCGAAGAAAGAUGACAGGGCUUUGAAACGUAGUCGCGGUCCAACACAUGAACCGGAUAUUGAACGUGAAGUAGACUAUCAGAAACGCCCAGCGAUAGAAAUUGCGAUACCAACAAGCCUGAAGUCAAAAUUGGUCGACGACUGGGAGUUCAUCACUAAAGAUCACAAACUGGUGCCUUUGCCUAGAACACCAUGCGUGAACGACAUCUUGGUUAGCUAUGCCGAAGAGCAUUUAGGGGAAUCAACCUUUGAGCCUCAAGCAGAAUAUUCCGAAGUUUCUGGUGAAAAGCAAGUUCUUAAAGAGUUCCUUUCGGGUCUGAAGCUAUACUUCAACAGAUCACUGGGGAGCUUACUACUUUACCGAUUUGAACGCCAGCAGUAUUUCGACUUUCGCCGAAAUCAUACAACAGUUGAGCCCGCUGCAAUCUAUGGAGCUGAGCACCUACUCCGUCUCUUUGUUUCUUUCCCUGGAUUGUUAGCCUAUACAAGUAUGGAUACCCAAGCAGUUGAUGUUUUACGUGCUCUUUUGGAAGGGUUUAUGCGUUGGCUUAUGAAACACGAGGAAUUCUUUGUUACAGAGUAUGAAGACACAACCGGAACUUAUGAGGCUCGCUCUCGUGGGGUUUAG